AUGAUCCGGCAGCAGAGAGAUUGUAAUGGCGAUACCGAAGAAGGGAGGAACAAGAUUCCUCUCUAUGUUGUUCAGAGCGUCGAGAAUAUUCAGACAGGCCAUGACAUCCGAUUGCCUAGCCGAAGCGAUUUUAUAGCCGAUGAUGAUUCAUGGAUGGACAACCUGUUCCCAGUUGAGGGCAAUACUGCACUUGAGGGGCCAAGCGAUCUAAUCACAGAGUUCGGUGUCAAACAUAAUAAUACAAGUAGAUACCCAGAUUACGAUGUGGUGAAACAUCGAGGAGAAGCACUACACUGGACCGAUGGGCCUGAUGUUGGGAGAGGACAUCAUAGUGAGGAAAGAGCUGUUGUUCCAGACAGGCGCCAUCCUCCUCCCACCACCGAUGAAAACAAAACAGAUGGUAAACUGGCUUUUCAAACCCAAUAUGUCAAUCUCAUGUUCUCGUCCUUUUCAAUCAAAGGAUGGGGCCAUGAUGGAACCUCAUGCUUUCCGUGCCAUCAGCUACAUCUCAUCGAAGAACCCACGUGCGUAUAUCGCUGCAUCCUUAUACUCCUUCCGAUUCAAUUCAUGAACUCACCACCCCUUGUCUUUCACAGACUCUUGACAACGACAUCAUUCCCGUUUCGAAUCAUUUUCGCCAAUGACGCUUUCUUGCGUCUGAGAAGGAAUGAAAGCGUCCUUGGUUCUUCACUCUUUGACUGUCUUGUUUCUGAUGACAUGGUGAUGAAACCCCAAAUCUCUAGGGCAAAGGCGUUCCUACGCUCGGUCCUAAGAGGUUCUGGAUGCUCGAUACGGAUAGUUUCAGCGGAAGACAGUGCAUCAUCAUUCAUGACGAUACCCUGUGUUGUAAACGCAUAUCCAGUUGUUUCAAAUGGAAUUGGAUCUGAAGACAUCCGAUACUAUGCUAUGCGUUUCCAUGAUGUCCAAACAUGA